AUGGAAUCUGAUGUUGCUGAAAUUUUUUCUUCCGUUAAAAAUUGUUUGGAAAAAGAGCUUGAAUUGAAAGAAGUAAUUUAUAACAUAGUAAAAAAUCUAGAACAAGCUAGUUGUGAAGUUGUGACUGUAUUGCAAAUCGUUCAUAAAUCUGGAUCACCAGAAAAGAGUAAAUUGAAUUGUGUUCUUAUAAUAUCAUGUGUGAAGAAAAGUCAUGACAUUAUUGAUAUAAAUAUUAAACCACUGUUUAAAAAAUUAAACGAUGUUCUAGCUCCUUCUUAUAUUUGUCAUUAUUAUAAAUAUCAUGAUAUAUGGAAGUUUGUAUGUCAAAAAAUGACAUUUGCAAUUACAUUAAUUAAUUAUUUAGAAUUUGGAAUUCUAGCAUCGCACAGUGAUGUAACCAAUGCUUUGGGAAUACAAUUAAACAGAAAAGAUGGAUUUCAUUUAGAUUUAGAAGAUUAUCUUAUCGGAUUACUUCAAUUACCUUCAGAAUUGUCUCGUUUAGCUGUCAAUAGUGUUAUUUAUGGGGAUUAUACUAGGCCUCUUCAAAUUUCCCAAUUUGUCACAGAAUUAAAUGCAGGAUUUCGUUUGUUGAAUUUAAAAAAUGAUUCACUAAGAAAAAGAUUUGAUGCAUUAAAAUAUGAUGUUAAAAAGAUUGAAGAGGUAGUAUAUGAUUUAUCAAUUAGAGGAUUGAAGCCUAUCGAAGGUGAAUCUUAA